AUCAAAUAAUAUUAUUAAUAGAUGGGUGAGGAGAGCAUUUACAACCUGCUGCCUACAGUCAGGCAGCCAGAGGCUAAAAAUCCUAGGUACAAAUCAGUUUUCAAUGAAACAGCAAAAGCAGAACUCAAAACAAACAAACAAGCUUCAAAAACAAUGGGUCCAGCUAAAGUUGCCACCAAUGAACCUACUAGUUUCAUGACUAAACACGCCAAGGAGCCGGUCCUGCCAGAAAAAGCCGCCUUCGCAAGACCAAAUGCUGACGGUAAGCGACCAGCCGUGCCCAAGAGAGACGAAAAGCCGGUCAUGGGGCUAAAGUCGAACAAGAACUUCCUUCAUACUAAUGCCGUAGAGAACAUCAUGUCAGUUGCCAAGAAACCCCAGCCUAAAUAUGUGGAUACACCCGGUGGAACCACAAACGCCUUGGAGGACUCCGGUUUGGUACCCAAAUUCGUAAAGAAGGACAAUUACGGUACAGUACCUAAAUAUUUGGAAGCAAGGAAGAAGCAGAUGGCCGAACAUCAGGCAAACUAUGAACAGUACAUUCAACAGAGAUUACAGAAAGGCGCCCUGAACCAAGUUACCGCUCCUGAAAGGCAAAAGACACUGGAUGGUCUAAAGAAGAACUGGGAGGAGUUACAUUUACAAUAUCAGGGUCUGUCUGUUGUCACGGACACUGCUCCAAAGAAAGCCAGGAAAGAAAGAAUGGAAGCUGAGAUGAAACAACUGGAGAAAGAUAUUGAUACGAUCGAAAAGCACAAAAUCAUCUACGUUACCGACAACUUUUAAUCAUAUAUUGCACGUGGUUCUCUUGGUCACUUUCUUUUAUUCUUGAGAAUAAAGUGGAAAACAUCUAAUUUCGGGAUUUAAUUCAGUGAUAUUUUUGCAAAGACCAAAAUUUGAAUGUUGAGGGUUAAAUCGAACAAAUUUCCCAGAUUACCAGAGUAUUUGAAAAUAGGUAAAAUAUUCGGGUUGCCUAAUCUGCACAUUAUAACAUUUUCAUAUGUAAAUAUAGCUGGAUUACUAUUCAUGUCAGGUGUCAGAUGUCGCUGAUUUUAUCACUAAAGUUAUGAGCUACGGAUUUGAGAUGCUAUGUAUUUUGCAGAUGUAUUCUUUUUCAUGUGUACAAUUUUGAUGUCCUGUUUUUCAUGUAUAGUAUGAAGCUAGCUGAACUCAGAA